CCCGCUGCCCAGCCCAGGCUCAGCACAGCCGCAGCAGAGCUCGGGGGUCCCUCCAGCACCACCAGAGCCGCGUCCUGACCCACUGCCCCCACCCCAGCACCAACACCCCAGGCACUGCUCUGCCAGCACCGACCAUUGGGGCCAUUUCUGGGUCCCACAGCGCGGGGAGGUGUCCCCUCAGCCCGGGGUCCCUGUCCCACCAGGGGCUCGGUGUGCCCCAUGUACCCCACCCCUCUCUGCCCCACAGGGGUGAUGUCAGGCCUGCGCACACGUCAGGCACUUCCACGUUGUGGCCGUGCUAAAGUCCAAGCCCUUGCUGUGUCACAGCCCGCGUGGAGGCUCCGGGGCGCUCGGGCGGCAUAAAAAGAGCAGGGAUCSGCCGGCUCUGCAGGUACCGCGGCCGUGGCAGCGCAGGAGUCCCCAGCACUCAGGAUGGUGCCCAAGGCGGCCGCCCUCGUCCUGGUCCUCCUGGCGAUCUCAGGAUCACGGGCCGAUGUGAACCCUGACGAGGUGGCCACCGUCAUCUGGAGGUAUUUCACGGAGCUGGGCAGCAAUGCCAAGGACACGGUGGAGCAGCUGCAGCAGACGGACAUCAGCAAGCAGAUCAACACCCUGCUCAAGAGCAACAUGCAGAGCGUCAGCGCCUACGCCGAGGACCUGCAGGAGCGGCUGGUGCCCUUCGCCACGGAGCUGCAGGCGCGGCUGGCGCAGGACUCGCAGCGGCUCAAGGAGCAGAUCCGCCGGGAGCUGCAGGAGCUGCAGGCCAAGCUGGCUCCCUACGCCGACGAGGUGCACCAGCAGAUCGGCACCAACAUCCGCCAGCUGCAGGCCAGGAUGAGCCCGUACGCCGAGGAGCUGCGCUCGCAGGUGGAYCGCAGCGCCGGGGAGCUGCAGCGGGCGCUGGAACCCUACGCGGCCGAGCUGCGGGAGCGGCUGCAGGACAACGCCGACAGCAUCCAGGCCUCGCUGAGCCCCUACGCUGACCGGCUGCAGCAGCAGAUCGAYGGUGGAGUGGAGAGCAUCAAGGAGCGGCUGUCGCCCAUGGCAGACGAGCUGAAGGCGCAGGUGGAGCAGAGCGUGGCCGAGCUGCGGCGGGGGCUCAGCCCCUACGCCCAGGAGGUGCAGGACGGGCUCAACCGGCAGCUGGAGAGCCUCACCCUGCAGAUGGACAAGGCGGCCGAGGAGCUGCGCGCCCGCCUGGCCACCAGCUCCGAGGAGCUGCGUGCCCAGCUGAGCCCGCUGGCCCAGGAGCUGCGGGAGGCGGCGAGCGGCGAUGCCGAGAGCCUGCGGCAGCGCCUGGCUCCCCUGGCCCAGCAGCUGGACCAGCGAGUGGGGCAGACGCUGGAGGCGUUCCGGCAGCAGGCGGCUCCGUUCGGGGAUGCUCUGGGCAAGCAGCUGGUGCAGCGGCUGGAGGAGAUGCGCGGCAAGCUGGACUCGGGCGCUGCCGGCCUGGAGGAUCACCUGGAGCUGCUGGAGAAGGAGGUGCGGGACAAGGUGGCUGCUUUCCUCAGCACCAUCCCACCGCCCCAGCAGAACUGAGCGCCCCCGGCCCGCCGGCCGCACACACUCCGAGCAUUCCCGGCCACUUCCCGUGGCAGAAAUGAAUAAAUCUCCUUGUG